AUCUGGAUUUGAUUUAUUAAUCGGUCAUUUUCUUUUUUCACACCCUUAAUUCCGACGGAACCCUAAAAACAAUUCCGACGGAACUUUUGGGCAAAAUCUCUUAUAUAUAUAUAAAAAACAAACUGUUUCCAGUAUAGCAAUCGAUUACUCCGACGAAUUUAACGAUGCAGUCUUCUUCGUCGGAACUUCCGAUUAGCAGACGUUUCUUCAAGGUUAUGGUGCCUGGUUUUCACUCUAAACUUACAAUUCCACCAGCUUUUUUUCCGAAGCUAAAAGGGGAUAAAUCAGAAAAGGGGACAAUAAUAAAGGGCAAAGAUACAUGGAAUGUUGAAAUUAAUCGAUCCGAGAAGGGCAUUAUCUCGUUUGAUAAGGGUUGGGAGGAAUUUGUGCAAAAUCAUGACCUAAGAGUUGGAGAUUUUGCUGUGUUUGAGCACUUGGGUGAUAUGCGUUUCAGUGUUACACUUCUUGAUUCAACUGGCUGUGAUAAGAAGUUGUUGGAGAAGAGUGAAGUAGUACCUUCCCAGGAGAAAAAGAAAAAGGUGAACUCUGCUCAGCCCGGAACAGAGAAAAGGAAAGUUGAGGGAGAUCAACCUCACUACCAAUGCAUGAAAGGAAGUUCUGAGUUCACGGCAAGAAUAAAAGAAUAUAACGUGAGAAAACGUUCUCCUUAUAUGCAUAUACCCACAGAGUUUUGUCAGUCAAAUGCACUCUUUCAGAAUACAACCAUGACGUUAACAGGCCCGUCGGGUAAAUCAUGUCCUGUGAGUCUGAGAAUUUGCAAUGGUGGGAAGACUCUAUAUGCUUGUAUUACCAGAGGCUGGCAUGAUUUCUUUUCAAGCAACAAGCUAAAAGUAGGAGAUGUUUGCCUCUUCCAACUUGAUCGCUCAAAAAGCGACUCAAAUUCCAUUGCCAUCGAUGUUCGUGUUUUGUAGGCUGCAGACUUUUCUUUUAUCUUUAUUCUUUUGAUUUUUACUAGUUAGUGUUACCUUGUAAACUUGUUUCAUUAGGUAUAGGUUCUUUUUAUUGACUUGAUUGGCUGAUCAACAACAAGUAGUACUCUAGCUGUUGCAGAGUAAUUAGGCAGUGUGUUAUAUGUUGAGAAGCAAAAAUGCUGAUGAAUAAGUUGCAUGAAGAAAAUAAUCUUAGAGGCAACUCAAGCCAGAAGGAGAGAUCGAAGGUCAUUCCAACCUCUAUUUAGUGGACAAUAUGGGAAGAAAGGAACAAAAGAUGCUUUGACGAUAAAUCAAGUCAUAUCCAGAAAGAUGAAGUUGAAGUGUUUGGUACUUUUGUAUUUUUGGUGUAAAGGAACAUGUGUAGAAGAUCUUGAUUCAAUUUUUGAUAUUUUAAACUCCUUCUAGAUGAUAGUGGAGCUGUAUGUUUGGUCUCUGUACAGUCCUGUAAUUAUGGAUGGUUAUACAGUCUUUGUAUAAUCUUACUAAUAUAUACGAUAUGUUAGCUGUUUUAAAGUAAAUAAA